CGCAGUGGCUCCUCGCCGGCUUGCGCGCGCAGCUCCUGCAGGACCAGUUUCUAGAAGCUCAUUGCGGUGGCGAUGGUCCUGACUGCGGAUGCUGAUGCAGUUGCUGCAAGACCAUAAGCUGAAUGCUUGGAACCCUUGAUAUUUCACUGUCUAUAGUGCCUGUUGGUGGACUGUACUGAUAAUUCAACUAGAGUCUAAAGGGAAUUGGGUUCCUGCUGCUGAUACACAUUGCAGGCUGUGGUAUCCUUGAAGAAGAUGACAGCCAUCUCCCCAGACCCUCACACUCUGGCCUCAAGUGAACCAAGCAAGGUCCUAAGCAUGGAUACUCCUGGGGAUCAAGAAGCCAUCCUGAGAGGAGACAGUACUGACCCAGAGACUUUCAGACAGAGAUUCAGGUGGUUUUGUUACUCAGAAGCAGCUGGACCCAGAAAAGCCCUGAAUCAGCUCUGGGAUCUCUGCAUUCGGUGGCUGAGACCAGACAUCCACACGAAAGAGCAGAUACUGGAGCUUUUGGUGUUUGAGCAAUUCCUGACCAUUCUGCCCGGGGAGAUCAGGAUUUGGGUAAAGUCACAGCAUCCUGAGAGUAGUGAGGAAGUGGUGACCCUAAUAGAGGAUUUGACCCCCAUGCUUGAAGAAAAGGAAGAUCCAGUCUCUCAAGAGUCUGUUACUUCCCAAGAGGAGAACCCUGAAGAAAAUAAAGUGGUUUCUGUCCUUCCAAGUACUGAGUCCUGGGAAUCCCUGACAUUCAAGGAUGUGAUUGUGAGCUUUUCCAGAGGAGAGUGGAGGAGGCUGGAGCCUUUUCAGAAGGAGCUCUAUAAGGAAGUGCUACUGGAGAACUUUAGGAACCUAGAGUUUCUGGGCUUUCCAGUUUCCAAAUUAGAUUUGAUUUCCCAGUUUAAGUGGGUUGAACUGCCAUGGCUGCUGGAAAAAGAAAUCGCAAAAGGCUCCAGACCAGAGUGUGAACCUAGAGGUGAAUUGAAGGAAUCCUCUCGAAAUCAAGAUGUUCUUCUGGAAGAAUCUACUUUAGAUAAAAUAAUAGAAAGAUGCCUAAUGGGUGGUAAUUAUGGCUUGAUGGGAGAGUCCCGGAAACGUAGCAGUAAGGAAUAUUCGCAAGUCGCAGGCACACAAAAGAAAACUCAUGGGAGAGGCAGUAAGGGUGAGGAAUUUGACCCAGAAAAGAGCCCCUUUGGAAGUAGUUUCAAGCAAACCUCAGAUAUAAUUAAACAUCUGAGAGUCUACUUAAGGAAGAAAUCUCGGAGGUAUAAUGAAUGCAAGAAACCCUUCAGUUUUCAUUCAGACCUUAUUCUGAACCGCAAAGAACACACUGGAGAGAAGCCACGGAAAUGUAAUGAAGGCAGGAAAGUCUUAGGUCACUCUUCCUCCCUAACUGAACACCAGAAACAUCAGAAAAUGCACUUGGGGGGGAAGACCCAAAAGUGCAGUAAUUGUGGGAUAGCCUUUACGCGGAGCUCAUCCCUUAAGAGAAAAAACUCCUCUACCUGUGAAAAAUGUUGGAAAAAUUUAAAUCAAGAUGCAACCUCAGAUAAAGAUGAGGGAGCUGAGAUGGGAGAGAAGACCCAUAAAUGUAGCAAAUGCGGAAAAGCCUUCGGUUAUAGUGCCUCACUGACCAAACAUAGGAGAAUUCACACAGGGGAGAAACCCUACAUGUGCAAUGAAUGUGGAAAAGCUUUCAGUGAUAGUUCAUCCCUCACGCCACAUCACAGAACUCAUAGCGGAGAAAAACCCUACAAAUGUGAUGACUGUGGAAAAGCUUUCACCCUGAGUGCCCACCUCAUCAAACACCAGAGAGUUCAUACUGGAGAAAAACCCUAUAAAUGUAAAGAAUGUGGGAGACCCUUCAGUGACAGUUCCUCUCUUAUUCAACAUCAGCGAAUUCACACUGGCGAAAAACCCUACACGUGUAACAACUGCGGAAAAUCCUUUAGUCACAGCUCGUCCCUUUCCAAACAUCAGAGGAUUCAUACUGGAGAGAAACCCUAUAAAUGCGGUGAAUGUGGAAAAGCCUUUAGACAGAAUUCUUGCCUCACUCGACAUCAGAGGAUCCACACUGGAGAAAAACCCUAUUUGUGUAACGACUGCGGGAUGACUUUCAGCCAUUUUACGUCUGUCAUUUACCAUCAGAGACUUCAUUCAGGAGAAAAGCCCUACAAGUGUAACCAGUGUGAGAAGGCCUUCCCUACCCAUUCACUCCUCAGCCGCCAUCAGAGAAUUCAUACUGGCGUAAAACCGUAUAAAUGUAAAGAAUGUGGGAAGUCUUUCAGUCAGAGUUCAUCUCUUAAUGAGCACCAUCGAAUUCAUACCGGAGAGAAGCCCUAUGAAUGUAAUUACUGCGGAGCAACCUUCAGCCGGAGCUCCAUCCUCGUCGAGCACCUAAAAAUCCAUACUGGCAGGAGAGAGUACGAAUGUAAUGAAUGUGAAAAGACAUUUAAGAGUAACUCAGGCCUCAUCAGACAUCGGGGAUUUCACUCUGGAGAGUAAUUCUUGAAAUACAGUAAGGUGGUUGGGGGGGGUGGAAUCUCAUCAAAUUGUCCCUUAUGGAAAACCCCAGGGUGUACACUACCACAGCAUGGAUCCGGAGCUACAACUUUAAUGGGUUGGCAGCUGGGAAAACGUAUUUUGCCACUCACCACUGUUCUUUGGUAGAUCAUAAGUAGGCUUGGUAAAGUCCCGUGGGAAGUGAAGGAAGGAGGAUGAGAUGCACAAUGGUUCUGAAAGGCCAAAUGCAGAUUUAAAAAGCAAGAGGAGGUGCACGGGACCCACUGACGAACCUUUUUUUUUCUUCAAGAGAUUUCCCUCUUCUAGCUUCUAGCAAGAACUGGUCUCGAGUCAUAACCUAGGUUCUGGGUUCUGUCCCAGUUUGCCAACGAGCCCAUGAGCUUGGGCACAUCAUUUGACCUUUCUAAAUUUGAGUUUUCUUUAUGGCAGCAUGAAGGGGGUGGGACUUAGGAUUUCUAAGUUUACCUCCGAUCCUCUCUGAAGCUGUGGGAAUAAGCUAACCGCUUUUGGUUCGAUGGAAUUUUCAAGUUUCUCUAGUAGAAAGUGCUCAUUUGGGAUCCUGAACUGAGAUUGUGGUAUACUUUUUGAAUGCCUGGUGCCGGGAACCCUAGAGUAUCAACAGGUCUGAGUCGGCGGAGCUCACAUGGGUGUGUCUUCAGGGAAUGUUUUAACUGGACAAAGUACCCCGUCCUGUUUUUCCCUCUGGGCUUUGACUGAGGGUAUUAGGAAUCUGGAGGGCAUACACUGGAGCCAUCUCGGCCAUGAGAGUGCCAGUCCUAGGAAAAUGAGUUGGGGGCUGGGGAAGAGGGGCGCGGUGCGGAAGGAAACGGGUGCUGAAAACAGAGCUAUUCGGGAUGGAUUAUCUUUUGCAAAAUAGAAUUCUAUUUUUUUAAAAGUUUGCUUAUCCUAAGUACAGUCCCCUGUGAUCGGAGUGCAAACGUGUAGGACAAAGGUCACAAGCUAUGAUUGGGCCGUUUGAUACGUUUUGGUUGGUCUGCAUAGUAAGGGGUGUGUGUGUGUGUGAGAGAGAGAGAGAGAGACAGACUAGUUGUCACCAUUUAAAAAAUAGGAGAUUUCAUACCAAAAAAAAAAAAUCUUGCCUUGAAAAAUUAUAAGGGCUGACAACCCUGGCCCGUAUUUCUGUGGGGUCGUCAACUGGUUUGGGGUAGCAGCUGCUGCCUUUACGUGGGGAAUCUACUCGUCUACUGGCCAAGUUCUCUGAUUUAUAGGACCUGACUUGCCCCACUAUAGGAACUUGAUACUAAGGUCCCCUACCAUCUGGAGAAUAUAUAUUCUAAAGUCUAAAGAGACUGCUCCACUGAGAGUAAAAUUCAGGAAAAGAAUGUAGAAAUCCCACAAAAUAACUUCUCCUUUAAGUGUUUUGCUGAGAAAUUAGACCUGAAAACAAGAGUGAACAGAUAUUAGUGGGUCAUUUCUUACGAUGCAUCUCAUUGGUGGAGCGUGAAUAAUCAUUUCUGACUGAAAAAGGAACUAAAAACCCAGGGUCAGGUUUAGGUCUCAAGUCCUGGGGUUCUGGAGGCACCCUACAGGUUCAACGAGGGUACCAGAAAGUUUGUAAAGUUGAAAUUUGAGGUAGCUCCUAUAAGUGAGAACGAAAACAGAAAACUUUUGGCUUAUGAAAGUGAAGAGAUCCUUAGUGCUGAUGGGAGACUCAGCAAUAUUUGCUGUGAUUUAAGGGGUGUAGGUUUGCAGUGCUACCUCUGAAUAAUGCUUCUGGUUUCUUCCUUAUACCCCAACUCCCCCCCACCCUCACCCCCCAAAAAAGUUUGUAGUUUGGGUAUUGCUGUAUGGUAAACGGAUCUGCAUAGUUAUUGCUAAAUGGACCAACCAGAGACAUUCUAGCCAUGAGAGGAAUAUGGCUUACAGGAAUCAUUCACCUGGUCUUAAGUUUUUUGCAAACAUAUAUAAACCCUGAUUUGUUUUCUUGAGAAAGAGACAAUUUAUAGAGAAAUAUAUAAGAUUCUUGAGAAGAGGCUUCUUCAGGAUGUUUACUGGUACAGCCUCCAACAUACAUGAGGGAGGUGUUCUACCAGUACCGGCCGGGUAUCUGGAACAUAGAGGGGCUUUUAAAAACAAGUUUUUGGGGUACAAAGUACAUAUAAAAGUCAUUUCAAGUGUACAAUUCAGUGAGUUUUGGCAGAUUGACUGAGUUGUACCAAAUCACCAUAAUCCAUUUUUAGAACAUUUUGUAACCUCAGUAAGAUCCCUCGUGCUCGUUUACAGCUAACCCCCUUCCCACACCUAGUCUCAGGCAACCACUCAUCAGUUUACACUCCUGUCUUUGGAGAGUUGCCUUUUCUAGACAUUUUAUACAAGUGGGAUCAUAUGUGCUCUUGUGUAUUUCAUUGACGUAUUUGCUAAGUUCAUGUUGUAGCACAUCAGGCCUUUAUUGUUAAAUGAUACCCUGUUUUAUGGGUAUACCAUAUUUUGUCCAUUCACCGGCUCAAGGACGUUUGGGUUGUUUACAGUUUAUGGCUCUUCAGAAUAAUGCUGCUUUGAAUAUUUAUGUGUAAGUCGUUCUGUAGACACGUUUUCAUUGUUCUUAGAUGCCUGAGUGGCUGGCUCGUAGGGUAAAUUUUUGUUUAACUUUUUAGGAAAUUGCCAAAUUGUUGAGCAGCCCUGUAUGAUCCCCUACAGUUUGGGGAAUAUAUAUCUUAACAUCCAAGACUCCGUUGAGAGUAAGUGAAAUUCAGGAAAAGCAUAAAAAAAUCAUACAGAGUGACUUUUCAGUUAAGUUUUCUUUGUGAAAUUAGACCUCAGAGGAAUAGAGUGUGCAGAUACUAGUGGAUUAUCUCUUUAAGAAUUUCAUUGGCAAAGUCUCAGUCAUAAUUUCUUUUUUUUUUUUUAAGAUUUUAUUUAUUUAUUUGACAGAGAUAGAGACAGCCAGCGAGAGAGGGAACACAAGCAGGGGGAGUGGGAGAGGAAGAAGCAGGCUCAUAGCGGAGGAGCCUGAUGUGGGGCUCGAUCCCACAACGCCGGGAUCAUGCCCUGAGCUGAAGGCAGACGCUUAACCGUUGUGCCACCCAGGCGCCCCCUCAAUCAUAAUUUCUAAAUGGGAACGGAACUGAAGCCCUGAGUCAGUCAGGUUUCCCUACAUCCUCACCAACCCUUGUCUGUCUGUUUCAUUAUCACUGUCCUAAGGGCUGAAAUGGUAUCUCUUUGUGAUUUUAAUUUGCAUUUCCCUGAUGGCUGAUGAUGGUGAGAAUCUUUCCAUGUGCCCUGUAGCUAUUCAUAUAUCUUAAGCAAAAUGUUUAUUCAAGUGUUUUUUCCAUUUAAAGAAUGGAGUUUAUUGAGUUGUCAUAUUUUUUAUUCUACAUAAAAGUCCUUUCUCCAGUUUGAACUCUCUAAAUACUAGCCACAGAGAGCAACCUCAAACCCUGCAUCACGACAUUUAUCAAAAGCUUGUUUUCAAUAACUCCUUCUGUAUAAUUGCCUAAAGGAUAUUCAAUGCGGGCUGUCAUCUAAGUACUUAAAUUCAUUUUUUAUGUCCUAUCAGAUCAUCAAGAGAUUUUAAACUUCUUUUGAUUCCUUAUAGAAUUGUUCUUAUUAACCAGUGUGUGACUUUAUGCUGUUGAUGUACGUUGACAGGCAUUAAAAUCAGCCCUUUAACACAUUCUACUUUAAAGUGAAGACCUUGCUUUUCAAAAUGUUUCUUCUUAAUGACCUUCCCCUGAAGAAACUUCUUUUAGGUCACAGGACAAGAUAAAGCUGCUCCUGCCAGUGAAUCUCCUUUUAUAUACUUAUUUUUGAGUUAGUUUUUAAUGUGUCAAAAUACACAUAACAUAAAAUGGGCCAUUUUAACCCUUUUUGGGAGUACAACUCAGUGGCAUUAAGUACAUUCAUGUUGUUGUGUAAUCAUCACCACUGUCUAUCUCCAGAACUAUUCUGUCCUGCCCUCAGCCCCUGGCGACCACUAUUCUGCUUUCUGUCUCUCUGAAUUUGAAUAUUCUAGGUACCUCCUAUAAAUGGUAUCAUUGAAUAUUUGUUCUUUUGUGUCUGGCUUUUUUCACUUAGCAAAAUGUUUUUUUUUAAGCUUCAUGUUGUAGCAGGUGUCAGAAUCUCAUUUCUUUCCAAGACUGAAUAAUAUUCCAUCGUAUGUAUAUACCACAUUUUGUUCCUUCUUCCAUCAGCGGACAUUUGGGUUAUUUCCACCAUUUUGACUGUUCUUAGUGGUGUAAAAUAGCAGAGUCCCUGUAUUCAGUUCUUCACAGAUGUUGUUAAUGGCAUCUAGAACGGAGACUCUUCCAGAAGGUUUUCAGUUCACUUUUCCGAGAUCCAACAGAGGAAUCACUAUGGCAGCUAUAGCCUUACGAAACGUAUUCCUUAUGAGACCUGGAAGUUGAAAUCAAUCCUUGAUGUUGAUGCAGGGGUUGCAGAGAGGAUAUUGUGUUAGCGGUGACAAAAACCACAACCUUGUACGUCUUCAUCAGAGCCCUUGGGUGACCAGGUAAAUUACUACAAGCAGUGAUAUUUUGAAAGGGAUUUUUUUCUUUCUUUCUGAGCAGUAGGUCUCAAUAAUGGGCUUACAGAAUUCAGUAAAAACCGUGUUGUAAACAGAUGUAUUGUCAUCCAGGUUUUGUUGUUUCAUGUAUAGAGCGCAGGCAGAGAAGAUACUAGCAUAAUUCUUAAGGGCCCUAGGAUUUUUAGAAUGGUAAAUUAGCAUUGGUUGCAACUUGAAGUCACCAACUGCAUUCGUGCCUAACAAGAGAGUUAGCCUUCCCUUCAUUUGAAGCCAGGCACUGACCUCUCUGGUUAUGAAAGUCCUAGAUGGCAUUUUCUUAUAAGGCUGGUUGGUUCUCACUGAAAAUCUGUCGUUUGGUGUAACCACCUUUGUUAAUUAGCUAGUUCUGGAUAACUGGCUGCAGCUGCUACAUCAGCUGUUUAUCUCUUACCUGUUAAUCUGUUAUGUAGCUGUUAUUUCUGUUUACUGCUUAUGUUAUGAAGGUGCCUUCUUUCCUUAACUCUCAUGACCCAACCCCUGCUCACUUUGAAUUUUUCUGUGCACCUUCCUUACCUCUCUCAGCCUUCACAGAAUUCGGGAGAGUUAGGGCCUUGCUCUGGAUGAGGCUUUGGCUUAAGGGAAUGUUGUGACUGGUUUGAUCUUCUCUCCAGACCACUCAGACUUUCUCCCUAUCACUAAGAAGGGUGUUUUGCUUUCUUAUCAUUCAUGUGUUCAUUGGAGUAGCAUGUUUAAUUUCUUUCAAAAGCUUUUCCUUUGUGUUCACAACUUGGCUAACUGACGCCAGAGGCCUAGCUUUUGGCCGGUCAGCUUUCGACAUGCCUUCCUUACUAAGCUUAAUCAUUUCUGGUUUUUUGAUUUAAAGUGAGGAAUGUGUGACUCUUCCUUUCACUUGAAACCUUAGAGGC